CCCCUGGCGGGCGCGGCGCGGCAGCGCUCGGCGGCGCAUGGGGCGAGCCAGGACGGGCAGCGCGCGGCGGUCCCGGCCGGGCAGCGCGGCCGCCCCCGCCCCCGCGGGCGGGAACCGGCGGGGCCGCGGGAAGGCGGCGGGGGGACCCUCGGGUGGAGCCUCGGCCGGGCCGGGGGCGCAGGAACAGCCGCCCGGCCCCGGAGCGUUCGAUCUGGGGGCGCAGAGCGGGCGCUGGGCCGCCUUCCAGGAGCGGCACCGGCUGAGCUGCGAGGAGGCGGCGCGGCUGCUGCUGGACGCGUAUGAGUACAGAGGUUUGGUCAAGCACACAGGAGGCUGUCACUGCGGAGCCGUCCGCUUUGAGGUCUGGGCUUCAGCAGAUCUUCAUGUUUUUAACUGCAAUUGCAGCAUUUGCACAAAGAAACAGAACAGACACUUCAUUGUCCCAGCGUCACGUUUCAAGCUGCUGAAGGGUGCUGAUAAUUUGACAACAUACACCUUCAACACGCAUCGUGCCCAGCACACAUUCUGCAAGACCUGUGGUGUACAGAGCUUUUAUACUCCUCGUUCUAAUCCAGAUGGUUAUGGAAUAGCUCCCCAUUGUCUGGAUGAUGGCACUGUGCAGAGCAUCGUCACCGAGGAUAUCAAUGGCAAGGAGUGGGAGAAGGCGGUGAAGGAGCACAAGAGCAUCAGAGACAUGUCAAAACCCUGACACAGCCUGCAGCACCUGACCGUGCAGCACUGCUGGGGAACUUAGGCCGGGUUUUCCUGGGUGAGCGCUGGCAAAAUCAAUCUCUACACUAUUGUUAUCUGUUCUCUAUUUCUUAAAUAAAUCUUUCUAUGCCA